AUGAAUGAUACAGGAGCCGCGUCGUAUAAGUGCGUCUGUGAUAAUGGCUUCCGAAGAGUGGGUAGUGCAUGUGAGCCGAUCAACGAAUGCGAAGAGAACUUGGGUAUUUGCGGUUACAAUGCGAUUUGUGUGGAUAUGCUCAAUCUUUACAAAUGCGUCUGUCGCGCUGGAACCAUUAACGUUGGCACUGGACCAAACAACGUGACCUGCAAAACGCCAACAUGCGCUGACUUGACGAAUCCAUGCCAUCCAGAUGCCGAUUGUGUAGAUCUUCCGAACUCUGAAGGUUUCGCUUGUAAAUGUCACGAAGGCUUCCGUGGUGUUGGUACCGCUGAAAUUGGUUGUGAACCGAUAGAUAUAUGUGAGACGUUCACUCCAUGCAGUCAGUAUGCAACAUGUGUGAAUAAUCCAAGAGGUAGUUUCACUUGCACCUGUAAAGCUGGUUAUACUGGCAAUGGAACGAUUUGUCAUGAUGUUGAUGAAUGUAGACUAAUGGGCGAUAUGGCGUGUGAUAAGAAUGCAAUAUGCAUAAACACACAAGGAUCAUACAAAUGUCAGUGUAAUCAGGGUUAUGAAGGUGAAGGACUGCCCGGAAUGUGCAUAGAUAUUGAUGAAUGCUCAAGUGCCCGUCUGAACAAGUGCGAUAUGUCAACGACAAUGUGUCGUAAUACGGAUGGAUCGUUCUUAUGCGUUUGCAAAGAAGGAUUCAUGUCAACCGGAUUGAAUGACUAUUCUUGUGCAGAUAUAAAUGAAUGCUUGAAUAAAACAAAUGCGGUGUGUGUUGGUCAUCAUUGUAAUAACUUGCCUGGUGGUUACCGAUGCGACUGUAUGCAAGGUUUCAAGUUGGAACCUAAUGGACACAAAUGCAUUGAUAUAAAUGAAUGUAUUGGUCACCCGUGUUCAGCAAAUGCUAACUGCGUCAAUACACCUGGAUCAUAUUCAUGCACGUGCAAUAUGGGAUAUGAAGGUGAUGGACAUGUGGGAUGUACGCCGAUUGACAAAUGCUCAGAUCCGUCCAGAAACGAGUGCGAUCCUGAGACGAGUAUAUGUGAGAUGAUAACUGGUCGUAGUGAGUACAGAUGCACUUGCAAGCCUGGCUUUGUAGCACCGGAUAAUGCCACGAAUGUCUAUUACGCUUGUGUUGAUUAUAAUGAAUGUACAUUCGGUCGACUGAAUUUAGACACACAAGCUGAAGAGUGCGUCAACAUUAUUGGGUCUUAUGAAGUAAGAUGUAAACCUGGAUAUCAAAGAGAUGCAUCUGGCAGAUGUGUGGAUAUAGACGAAUGUGCACUAGAUCCAGCUUAUGGAGAAACAUUGCAGAGAUAUGAGAUGAUGAAAGGGGAACUACGUGAACGAAAAGCUGACUGGCGUGCGGUAUUGGUUAAACCAAAGAACAGUUCGAGCGCAUACGGUAUUUGCUUUGAGCGAGCCAUGUCGGCCAACUCAUGGUGGUGGUUCACUUCAUCCUCGUCAGCGCUACCAUUCUGCCGAAACACCAUCUACGAUGCCAGAGGUGCAUUCGGUGGUAAUGUGAAGGUACAACAAUGGAAAGGAUUCGAAUGCGAUUGUGCACCAGGUCAAAUACGAACGCAACGGGGUGGUUCAUUACGUGUCGUGCUCAAGUGUGAAGAGCAGGAUCCGUGUGAUGCGUUACAAUGCGAUACAUUGGGUGAAGGAUGGAUUUGUAAUCGUGCACAGAAACGUUGUGAAUGCGAUACGUCGUUAGGUUACGUUCAGCGAGUUGCUGAAGUUGCCUAUUGUACAAAAGCGGAAUGCUCACGGGCAGAUACCGAUGGACCGACAACAGUGAAGAAUCCUCGUCAUCGAUCACUGAUUAAAUGUGAUUAUGAGACGCAAAAGUGGAUUGAAGUUAAGGGAUAUUACUUCGAACGCGAUAAUUUCACACAUGAAGUGAUCGGUUUGAUUGAUAUCGAUGAAUGUGUGGAUGAGUACUUCUGUUGUGAUCGUCGAAAAGCGCAAUGCAAAUCAGUCGGUGGUAUAAAUGAGUGUAGAGCAGAAUGUCACAAUUUCGAUGGUGGUGCAAUGUGCUAUUGUGAUUCGACGAAUCCAGAUGUGGUCAUUGAUCCAAACACGUGUCAAUGCAUAUAAUUUCAUGUUGGAACCAAUUUCAGACCGAAUCCGGCUUAUCAAAAGCGAGAAGGCGCUCCGAUGAUGUUGACGUGCGUAGUGGGAGGAACAAAACUGGACGAAAGAACGCAGUUCUAUCAAUCAAGCCUCACCGAAUAUUCAGUCGAGAAUCUGUAG